AUGGAUCUACGAUAUGAUGUAUUGGACUACACGAAUGUUCCGCGCGAGGAGUUUGUUCGAGUGGCUGCGGGAGAAAUUUAUGAAUUUUGGUUCAAGGGGAUAGGGGAGGGGGAAUUUGUGAGGUGGGGGUUGGAGAAGCGGUUGGAAGGGAUGGUGAGGGAGUUGGAGUCUUUGGGAGGGGAGGAUGAUGAUGUUCGGAGAUUGGGGUUUGAUUGUGUGGUUGUUGGGAUUGAGAGGGAGGCUUUUUUGGAUGCUGGAGGUCAUGAUGGGGUGGAUCUUUGA